AUUAAAUUAGGCUUUACUUUCUUUUUCCUGUGUUGCAUUCUAGAGAGAGAGAGAGAGAGCGAGAGAGAGAUGGCAGCUUUCUCCAUUCAUAAUCCUUUGGUAUUUACCUUUGGCAUUCUAGACUUUUUGUUUUUCUUUUUAUUUAUAAUACUUUGCAGGCAACCUUCUUACUUUCUUGGUAUUUCUUGCCCCAGGGCCAACAUUUUAUAGGAUCAUGAAGAAGAAAUCAACAGAAGAGUUCCAAUCUGUGCCAUAUGUGGUCACUUUACUUUCCAACAUGCUGUGGUUAUAUUAUGCUAUUAUUCUGUCCAAUGAAAUUCCUCUCAUCACUGUCAACUCCGUUGGGGGUUUCAUAGAGGCCAUCUACAUCUCCAUUUACAUUGCUUAUGCACCCAAGAAACCUAGGAUGCUAACUCUGACGCUGCUUUUGGUGAGCUUUGUGGGGUUGGGGUUUAUUAUUAUUUUCACCAACUUUAUAGUAAAAGGAGCACAAAGAGUUGAGUUUCUUGGAUGGAUAUGUGCAACAUUGCUUGCCACUACGUACAUCGCGCCUUUAGGCAUCACGAAAAAGGUAAUUCAAACGAAAAGCGUGGAGUUUAUGCCCAUCUCAUUGUCAUUUGCUAUUGUUGUUUCUGCUGCAAUGUGGGUUUGUUAUGGUUUCCUGCUCAAAGACCUGCAUAUUGUGGUUGCAAACACAGCAGGGGUGAUUGCUGGAGUAGUACAGAUAAUGCUGUACAUGAUAUAUUAUAAGGGCAAGGCACAUACAGCAGACAAACUCUCUAUCACUCAUCUCAACCCCAAUGCAGAUCCCACUUCUGAUUUAGAGAUUGUUAGUGCUAAAGAAGACAAUGCUGUUUCCAGUAUUGAGCACAAAGAAGGACUAUCCAUGGAUCCCUCCAAUUAAUUUACUUCAAUUUUCAAGAAAUUGGGGAUCAAUGGGAUUGUGCAUUUAACUAGUUUGGUCUGAAUUUCA